AUGUCCACCAACCGCCCCUUCCUGGCCAACUUCCUGGCCGCCUUCCGCGCCCAGUCCACCUACAAAGCCUCUUCCCAAGCCACCGGGUCCUCGUCGCUCUCCUCGGGCCAGAUCUCGCAAAGUGCCCGCGCUAUAGCCACCAAGGCUGUGGGAUCUGCCUCUUCAUCAGCAGCGUCUUCUUCUUCUCCUACUACAGGGGCGGGUACGUCAUCUUCUGCGUCUAAUACGCACAACCACCACCAUCACCCUUCCACACCUUCCGCCACAGCAUCAUCAAACCCUCAUCCGGGUACAUCUUCUACAACAACAACACACUACCACACAACAGCCUCCGAUUCCCCCUUCGCCACAGCCUCUUCUACAUCCACCACUCCUUCCCCGCCCCCAACAACACCCGCCUCGUCCUCGUCCACCCCCAUCCCUAUCAACCACGGCCCCGCAGACCGUCAGCGCCGCGGGAGCGACAGUUCCAGUGGUUCGGGCGGGUUCCGCGAUGCGCUGGGCCCGGAGAAGUGGUAUGUCGGGGGGCGCACGCCGGCGGGCGAGGAGCGGUUCUAUCGGCUUGGGAUGGUGACCAAGGGUGGGGGAAGGUUGGGGGGAGUGGGAGGGUGGGGAGUAUUGAUCAGUUGA